AUGCUAACCUCCGGCCUAACCAACGCCCCAAUCACCAAACUCCUCCUCAUCUACACAAUCGCUUCCUCCAUCGCCCUCUCCAUCCUCGACAUCAAAUACCUCGCCAGCAUCCGCGUCUCCCCGCAUCUCUGGCCCUACGCCCAAUUUUGGCGCCUCGCAACAUGGCAACUCGCCGGCUUCGCCAAUUCAACCGAGGCCCUCUUCGCCGCUAUGCUCGCCUACCAUCUCCGCGUUGUUGAGCGCGCAUGGGGGAAGCGCAAGUUCGCGACAUUCAUCCUCUCGACGCUACCAUAUACCUCCCUCCUCCCGCCGCUCCUCCUCGUCCUCCUCCGCCCGCUGACCCUUUACAAAAUGAACUAUCUACCCUGCGGACCGACAGCUACGCUUUUUGCAUUGCUGGCGCAGUAUCAUGCUGGGAUUCCGCAUACGUUUCGGUAUAGGAUCAGCACCAGCACAUCUACGUCUGCGGAUACGAAUGAGAGAAGAGAAGGGGGACAAGGGAAGUACCUCACGCUCCUCCUGUCCGACAAGUCAACUACGUACUUGGUUGCGGCGCAGCUGGCUCUGUCGCAGUUUCCUGGGAUGAUGCUUCCAGCGGUGGUGGGGUGGGUUGUUGGGGUUGCGUGGCGGGCGGAGGUGUUGCCGUUGCCUACGGCUCGGUGGAGGGUUCCGGCUUGGGUGGUUGGGGAGAAGGAGAUUGGGAGACGGGGGAAUCAGGGGGAAGAAGGCGGGGAGCGCUAUGAGGAUUUGAGGAGGAGGUUGGAGGGUGAGGCUGUUGCUGCUGCGGCGGCGAGUGGGAAUGCCGGUGUUGGGCUGGGGGGGGAGGCGUCUGGGCAGAGACAGCGUAGGCGAGAGGGAGGGAUUAUGGAUAGGUUGAGGGCGUUGUAA